CCUGCUCUUCCUUUCCUGCUGGAUCUAGUAGUCUAUCCUAGGUAAAUAAGUUCCCACGUAACCCCGUCCGCUACCGCCCUGUCACUGAAUCUAGUCGACCUCCAAUUUUUCAUCGGUCUUGACAACGCUAAUAAGCACGGGCGAUAAUAGGGCACGCGUCUAUACCUCCCUUCUUAACAGGAUCGCUCUGCGAUAAGCUCGACCAGAAUCAUGCCUCCGGCUUCUAUUACGAACUCUCUGUAGUUUGUGAUAGAACACUCUGAGACUUUUAGCCUUCUAAAACCUCCUUUGAACUCUCUGAUCCCUUUAGCUAGAAAGGAUGGGAAUAGCAGGAACAAGCUUCGACAGCGUCGAUUGUUUGGCUGGCCAGCCCAACAUUUCUCGCCACAUAUGAGCACGAGCACGAGGUUGGCGAAUGACCUGCUCGACAAUGAUCCGCCACUCGUAUCUCGAAGGGAUUCUGACCAACACCACUUUUGGCUACCGGUGCUUAGAAGAGCCCAAUUCGUUCCGCAUUGUCCGGCCACUCUGUCUGUAAGGCAAGAUUUCAUGAUGCGAGUCACACGCACAACAUAUGCGGGUGUUGGCCAACAUGGAGCUUGCCAUGGAGCUUGUCCAUAUUGCACGCUGUUUCAUGCAUUCGGACGUGUCAACACCGUCGGACAUCUACAAUCGCCCCGCAAGGCUGCACAAGGAGCUGGGAGGGCUUCAAGUAUUUGGGUCCUGGGGCGGCUCAUCAGACUUGUAUCGUUCUCAGACCACCCAAACGGUAGCUCCCGGCUCUUUGGUCCGAAGAGUUCAUAAACAGCGUGUAAUUUCUUGGUAUUGUGUCUGCCGAUUCGAAGCGAUACGUAGCGGAAGAUGGUCAAGCUGGAAACUCUGACUGAGAUGGCGUGUCUGUCCCCGGUCAAUGGAAUCUGGCACAGCCCAGUCAGUGCCUUGUUAUUUGCCGUCGACCCGACGGUCAUCCAUAUCGGCG